AUGUGCGGCAUCUUCUGCUCGCUUCACGUAGGAUGUUGUGGCGACACCGAUGACGUUCAUGGCGGACCGAACAAUACCGUUUAUCACGAGUUGUUCGAGCGAUUAAAAGUCGCCAAUGCCGCUCGUGGUCCCGAUGCACAAGGAACUCAUCACGUCCGAGUCCAAGGGACAUCCUAUGGUGAAGCACAGGCCCCACCCCCAAGUAAGACAUGCGGCCCGGCGGCACUCAAGCUCGAUCUCGAGUUCUUUGCUUCUGAGCUCCGGCUUCGAGGCGACGAACCCAUAGUGCAGCCUCAUCAACAGGACGGGGAUGUCUUUUGCUGGAAUGGCGAGGUCGAUGCAUAUGAAAAUGAUGGCGCGAAACUUUUUCAAAGCAUAUACACACUCUCCGCGAUGGAUGAUCUCCCUUUCCUGCUGGGGAGAAUCGAGGGACCAUAUGCAUUUGUCUUUUACCAUGCCGAAUCUCGGAAAUUGUACUUUGCUCGAGAUCCCCUUGGACGCCGAUCUCUGCUCAUCCACAAGCCUUCUGUGUUUAAUCCAUAUUUCUUACUUGCAUCCGUCUCCGUUGGAGAUGAUCAAGGAUACGUCAUGGAAGAACUAUCUACUGAUGGGAUGUUUUGCCUCGAUGUAGGACAGCUAUGCGAAUCCAAAGAGGCAAAGCUUGGUCGCGUGAACACCACGCUUCCUCCGGAUGGACCGCCGCUUGUGCCCUCGUUGGACCUUGCAAUAGUACCGUGUGAUCUGGCCAUCGCCAUCGAUCACCUUAUCGAUCACCUGGACAAGAGUGUAAUGCUUCAGGUUCAAAAUAUCCCGGGAAGAACGUCGCCUGGAAAGGGGAGAGCGGAGGUCGCAGUCCUCUUCAGUGGCGGCAUCGAUUCAACGAUAUUAGCCUUUCUUGCACAUAGACAUGUACCACUGGAUGAACCCAUAGAUCUGCUUAAUGUGGCCUUCCAGAAUCCGCGAAAGAUACAGGUUCAAACUGAUGGUAACAUAGGGGCUAUUCCCAAGCGCGAGAAGAAGCGACAACUCAAAGCAGCGGAGAUCAAUGGAGCGGUGAAAGAAUCCACCUCGUACAUGGUUCCGGAUCGUGUGACAGGCUUGCAGGAAGUCGAAGAGCUCAGGCGGAUAUGCCCCGGCAGGACAUGGAAUUUUGUCGAGGUGGAUGUUCCAUACGAGGAGUCUCAAGCUGCGCGGGCAGCUGUAGAAGCCAUCAUGUUCCCUGGUCGAACAGUGAUGGAUCUUAGUCUUGCUAUGGCGCUUUACUUCGCCUCCAAAGGGGUGGGCCGAGUCCGAAUUUCGGCAGCGCCUGAUGACUAUCAGCCAUACACUAGCACAGCACGAGUCCUACUCAAUGGCCUCGGGUCUGAUGAAUUACUUGGCGGAUAUGGCCGUCACCGUACUGCGUACGCGACUCGAGGCUGGCAGGGCGUCAUCGACGAGCUCCAGCUCGAACUCGACCGCAUACCGACUCGCAAUCUGGGACGAGAUGACCGUGUGAUUUCCUCACAUGGCAAGGAGACGCGCCAUCCAUUCCUUUCGCUUACGGUUGUCUCUUUUCUUGUGGGACUCCCUGUGCAUCUUAAGCUUGAUCCGCGGCUGGAGCUGGGGCUUGGGGACAAAAUGCUGCUGCGGCUUGCUGCGCGAAAGGUGGGGCUUCUUGAGGCGAGCGUGAGGAAGAAAAAGGCAAUGCAGUUUGGCAGUCAUUCUGCUCGCAUGGAGGCUGGUGAGGCAGAGAAGAGGGGAGAUCUUAUGAUCAAGACUGUCUCAGAGCCAUAG